AUGAAUGCCGAGAAGCUAAUAUCAGGGCAGGAAGUGGCAAAACAUAACAGCCGGGAGAGUUGUUGGAUUAUCGUUCAUGGCAAAGUUUACGAUGUCACUGAGUUUCUGGAUGAGCAUCCAGGUGGUAGCAAAAUCAUCCUAAAAUAUGCGGGGAAAGACGCUACUGAAGAAUAUGAACCAAUCCACCCACCUGAUGCAAUCACGACCAACCUGCCGCCUGAAAAGCAUUUGGGCCUCGUCGAGCCUUCUACGGUGGAAAAGGUGCAGGUCAAAAUCACAGACGAGGAGAAGGCCCGUCAGGAGCGCGUCGCCAAUAGACCUCCACUAGAUGAGAUCCUGAACCUCCAUGACUUCGAGGCCAUUGCAAGGCAAACUAUGCCAGAAAAAGCAUGGGCAUAUUACUCUUCUGCCGCGGAUGAUGAAAUUACAACCAGGGAGAAUCAUGCUGCUUAUCACAGAGUAUGGUUUCGGCCCAGAAUACUUGUGGACGUGACUAAAGUGGACUGGUCCACCAAGAUCUUGGGAUACAAGUCGAGUAUGCCCGUCUAUAUAACAGCAACUGCUUUAGGGAAACUAGGUCACCCAGAUGGCGAACUCAACCUCACUAGGGCAGCGGCCAAACAUGGAGUAAUCCAGAUGAUACCUACGUUAGCGUCUUGCUCCUUCGACGAAUUGGUGGACGCUGCCAGACCAGGCCAAGUACAAUUUUUGCAGUUGUACGUCAACAAAGACAGGAGUAUAACAAAGCGGCUUGUACAACACGCGGAGAAGCGGGGAAUCCGAGGUCUGUUUAUUACCGUCGAUGCUCCGCAACUGGGACGUCGGGAGAAAGACAUGCGGAUGAAAUUUGAAGCUGAAGAUCCCUCGGAAGUCAGUAAGGCAGGUUCGAGAGGUGUCGACCGCUCCCAGGGAGCAGCACGAGCAAUUAGUUCUUUCAUCGACCCCGGCCUAAACUGGAAGGAUCUCGAAUGGUUUAGAAGCAUUACCAAGAUGCCCCUCAUCUUGAAAGGCGUUCAACGAUGGGAGGACGCUUUGAAAGCCUAUGAUCUCGGUCUCGCCGGUGUUGUGCUUUCCAAUCAUGGUGGCCGUCAACUGGACUUUGCUCGAUCAGGUGUUGAAGUCCUUGUCGAAGUUACUGAAUACUUGAAGCGUCACCGCGGGUUGACAUUCCCAAAUGAAAAGUUCCAACUAUUCGUGGACGGAGGGGUACGCAGGGCGACUGAUGUCAUUAAAGCAAUUGCUCUGGGUGCAACAGCUGUGGGAAUUGGUCGUCCAUUUUUAUAUGCCUUUUCGUCGUAUGGAAGCGAAGGAGUUGAAAGGGCCUUGCAAAUAUUGCAUGACGAGUUUGAGAUGAACAUGCGCCUUCUUGGUGCUCGAAGCGUUGCUGAUCUCGCUCCCGACCUGGUAGAUGCCUCAAAUAUCCAUUCGCAUCUUGUGGCUGUUCCGAGCGACAAAUUAUACGAAAGCAAUUAUGAGAGCAUGCGACACGCCAGGUUACGUGACACGAAGUCGAAGUUGUAG